AUGUCUCAGCACCGCCCCACGUCCGACUCCAAGAGGGCUUUGGACGGCAGUCCUGAGACCCACAUCGGGGAUGAUGCCCCCGAGGAGGAGGUCCCGAUGCCCCCCAACUACCUGCUGCUCACCAUCUUCUCCUGCUUCUGCCCCGCGUACCCCAUCAACAUAGUGGGCUUCGUCUUCUCCAUCAUGUCUCUAAACAGCUUUAACCAAGGUGACAUAGAAGGGGCAAAGAGACUGGGCCGAAACGCCAAGUGGGUUGCUAUUGCGUCAAUCAUCAUUGGCCUUGUGAUUAUCACCAUUUCUUGUGUGGUCCACUUCACAAUGAAAAGAUCUUGAUAAUCUGAGAGCUCGAAACUACAAUGAAGGAAGGAUUAACAGCAUCUGAGCAUGGCAGACCAGGCGUUUCUGAAGAGUGGCCCUUCAUUUCAGACUGUCAGAUCUUAUUCUUGUCCUCUCAGGCCUUCCAGAGGCAGGUCCUUGGUGAAUGAGCUAAAAAAAAUACAAUGUUUAUGAAAUAUGAGGGGCAUGACCAGCUCAGCCAAAGUAUCUAUUUGUUAAAAAAAAAAAGCACCUCCAUUUGCCAUCAGCCACCCUGCCCUUGUCCUUUCUCCUCUUCUU